AUGCCGGAGCAUCCCACGACCUUCUCCGUAUCGACGAUCAAGACCGUCGCGCGAGACGUCGCUCUCGCGCUCAGCGACCAGCAGACCUAUGCCGUCGUCGGCAGCGCCGCGUGCAUCCUCCUCGGCCGCGAAGCAUCCACCUCCGACUUCUCCAUCGUCGUCCCGCGCGGCGGCACUCUCGACGCACGCAGCCUCCUCAAAGCCGCGCCACCCUUUGCCGUCGCCCCGCUAACGCGCCACACCGCCCACGCGCAGACGGGUCUCGCCGUCGACAUCCUCGCGCCCCCGAUGAUGUUCCCCGGCGCGUUCAAUGCGGAGACCACUGUCGUCGAGCUCGACUUCGAGGAGCGGGCGCGUGGGACGGUGCGCGUGCUCCACCCGCUCCUGCUCCUGAACGCGACCUGCUCGAUGUUGCCGCGGCGCGCGGCGCAAGAGCAGAUGGCGCGCGACGCGGAGGACGUCGCGUUUCUGCUCGAGUGGUGCGUCCGGCGGCGGGUGGAGGUGAAUCCGGCGUGGGUGCCGGAGGUCACGCCGGAGUUGGCGGAGUACACGGUCGCGCAGGGGUGGAUCGAGCAGGAGCUGUGGUUGGAAGCCGCGGCCGCCGCGGGGUUUGUGCUGGGCCGGGGGUGGCCGUCACGAGAGAUCCAUUGA